AUGGAUGUGUCAGUGAGCGGAAAUACAGAGACUCAAAUUGAAUUGUUCAGGAUGAGCCUGCUAUUUGCUGCUGUCCUGUUACUGUUCUGCAGAUUCAACGCCACAGGAGUUUUUUUGUUUUUUUGUUUUUUUCAAUCUACAGACCAUUCAGAUCACGAAUGCCAAAGUCAGGGGGUCAGAAGCUGUGGAGAGUGUCUGGCAGCAGGGCCACACUGUGCUUGGUGUGCUGAGGAGAAUUUUCUAGAAGUGGGCCAGCACGUGUGGGAGCGCUGCGACACGACCAGGGCACUGCUGAGGAGAGGCUGUCCGUUUGAUCGCCUAGAAAACCCCAGGGGUUCCACUGUCCUUCUAAAGAACCGAAAGAUCACCUUCAACCCCAAAGUACGAAGUCACCGACGGCUGAGCAGACAGAUCACACAACUCCAGCCUCAGACUGUCCAGCUACACCUCAGGCCAGGUGAACCUCAGAGCUUUGAGGUGAAGUUCAAACGUGUGGAGGACUACCCUAUAGACCUGUACUACCUGAUGGAUCUGUCUUUCUCGAUGGAGGACGACCUGCCUAAUGUCAAGAAGCUGGGAGCUGAUCUCAUAGAAGAGAUGACGAAAACUACUGGUGACUUCAGAAUGGGUUUUGGUGCAUUUGUGGACAAGACGGUGAUACCAUACAUCAGCACUGCAGAGGACAUGCUGAGGAAUCCUUGUAAGAGGACCGCUCAGCCGUGUGCUCCUCCAUUUACCUACCACCACAUCCUGAGCCUUACUGCCAACGGAAGCCUCUUCACAGAGCUAGUGGGGAAACAGCGGAUCUCAGCUAACCUGGAUUUACCAGAGGGGGGGCUGGAUGCCCUGAUGCAGGCUGCCGUGUGUGAGGAGCAAAUCGGCUGGAGGAAUGUGACUCGUCUGCUGGUGUUUUCUACUGAUGCUGGCUUCCACUUUGCCGGAGAUGGCAAACUGGGCGGCAUUGUACUUCCCAAUGAUGGAAAGUGUCACUUGCAUAAAAAUAUGUACACCAGAGGAAAUUCCCAGGACUACCCUUCGGUGGCUCACAUUGCCGAAAUAUUGAGACAGAAGAACAUCCAGACCGUCUUUGCUGUCACUGAAGAAGUCUCACACUUGUAUGAGGGCUUAAGAAAUGUCUUCCCCAAAUGUGCAGUGGCAACCCUUUCCAACAACUCCCACAACAUCCUGCAGAUAAUAGUCGAAGCGUACAAUGCACUGACCUCUGAGGUGGUUAUGUUGAACAGCAAGCUGCCGCCGGGCUAUCACAUCUCCUAUACUUCACAUUGUAAAGACCGCAAGCUGAGGCACAGCGACCAGGGGAGGACGUGUUCCAACAUCACUAUAGGUGACGAGGUGAGCUUUAAUGUAAGCAUUACAGCACCUCUGAACGUGACUGCUUCACAAAGCCCGCCUCGUGUUAUUAUUAAGCCCCAGGGCUACAGUGAAGAGGUUGAGGUCCUGCUGAGCCCCAUAUGUGAGUGUUCGUGUCAAAAGGACGUGGUCCCACACAGUCCGUCAUGUAGUCAUGGCAACGGCACUCUGGAGUGCGGCACAUGCAGGUGCAAAGAGGGGCGAGUUGGAACCCUGUGUGAAUGCGAUCAAGCGGAGUCGAACGAGGCGGUUGACUCACACCUUUGUCGCCAAGAUAAUGCAUCAGAAGUGUGCAGUGGACAUGGAGAGUGUGUCUGUGGGAAGUGUGUGUGUCAAAAGAGCAGCAAAAGGCAUAACCAUGCUUACUACGGGCAGUUCUGUGAAUGCAGUGAUUUCAGAUGCAAUCAGCACCGAGGACUGCAGUGUGGAGGGAAUGGCAGGUGUGUCUGCGGGGUGUGUAUAUGUCUCCCAGCAUUUAGUGGGCAAGCGUGUGAGUGCCCUCUCAGCUUGGAGUCUUGUCUUUCUGAGGAUAAACAGAUUUGUGCGGGUAGAGGGGACUGUCACUGUGGCACCUGCAUUUGCCGUGACAACCGUUUCCAAGGCCCCACCUGUGAGCUAUGCCCUUCCUGCCCCAGCGUCUGUACCUUACACAAAGAAUGCAUCUUGUGCAGAGCCUUUUCACUGGGCCUGAAUCCACAUGAGUGUGAGACAAGGUGCGUCCACCUGAAUCUCACUCUGGUGAGGAAGGCCGGUGCGUUAGCAACAUUGUCCCCCUCUCCAGGCCUUCACAGAUGUGUGGAAGUGGAUACAGAGGGCUGCAGAGUGCAGUUCCUGCUCAGGGCUGGACGAAAAGACUCUCUCCAUGUUCACGUAGAUUUUGAACGAGAAUGCCCAUCAGGUCUGAAUGUUAUCCUGAUUACCACAGUGCUAUCAGCCUCUAUUGUGGUUCUGGGUGUGGCUUUGUUGCUGCUAUGGAAACUGCUCACCAGCAUCCAUGACCGCAGGGAGUUUGCCCGCUUCCAGAGAGAGCUGGAGCAGAGACGCUGGAACAGGAGGGACAACCCCAUCUACAAGAGUGCCAUCACUACAACUCUCAACCCAAAAUAUAAAGAGCAGUGAUGGCAGCCACUGAAGGAGAUCUACUUUUCAAUCAGGAUCCCUGUUGUGAAGCACAAUGACACAACAUCCUCCAUCUGAACUGUUGUCAGCAGCUGGUGUAACUUUUUUAGCAGGGUGUGGGGUGCGGAUGUUGAUGUCUGAUUUAUUCCCCUUUGAUCUCAGUAUGCAACCCCAGACUGUUAGUCUCCAACCCAUCCCUUCCCUGCAUGCACUGCACGCACACACAUUCAAGCAGCAUCCCCUACAUAAAAUGUUUCUUAUACAACGUUAACUGGCUAAGGGAUGCAUGUAAAUUUAAUGCCCUCACAUGAAUAAAAUCCACAAAAGCUAAUUACAUAUAGUGUAUUUUAAGGAAAGGAAAAUAUCCCAUAUAUGCUGAUGCUCGGCUCAGCUAUAUAACGUAGGUCUCAGAAGAUGAGAUAUAGUAACAUGCACAAUCUGCAAUAUGCAUUGUAAUCCCAGUGGAGACAUGUUCCUUUAUAUGGGUCUCCACUGCCCUCUAGAUGAGAGGAGAUGAAAUUGUCAUCCUGCUGGAAAUGAUGAAGCAGCUUCACAUUCAUUUACAUUUUGCCAUAGUCAGAGAAGAUGCUAUUUCAGACACAAAUGUGGAACCCAGACUCUUGGUGCUUUCAUAUUCCAACAGAAACGUGAACUCAUCAAACCAAACGCUGCAGGUUUGAUAUGGCGCAAUGUAGUGUAUAACUUUAAAAGAGCAGCCAGUGUACGUGCCAGCCACUUUGCCAGUGCACUGGGCUGAAUCGUGUAAGCAUAGAGAAACAAUGGGAUGUUCAAAUCUAAAUGGAUAUUAGGGUUUUUCCACUGCCUACAGAUGGCUGCUGAUGACCUUGCUGGGAGAGUUGAGCAAAGCAAUAUUAAUCAUUGCAAUGCCUCCACUCCCAGAGUCACUGGGCA